UGACGUUGCCCGCGUUGACGAUACCGUGUUGCGACUGACGUAUAAUUCCAGUUUUUGUCAUCGAUUUGUCUAUAUAACUGUGUUUUUAUUCCAUUAUCCUGUAUAUAAACUAAAACUUUGUGAGAAAUACAUCAUGGGUUUAACAAUUUCAAGUGUCUUCACCAGGUUAUUUGGAAAAAAACAAAUGCGUAUCCUAAUGGUCGGACUCGAUGCCGCUGGCAAAACCACAAUACUUUACAAACUAAAACUGGGUGAAAUCGUGACGACUAUACCUACAAUCGGUUUCAAUGUUGAGACAGUGGAGUAUAAGAACAUAAGUUUCACUGUUUGGGAUGUUGGUGGCCAGGACAAAAUUAGGCCUCUGUGGCGUCACUACUAUCAGAAUACCCAAGGAUUGAUAUUUGUUGUUGAUUCAAGUGAUACGAAGCGAAUAGCCGAAGCUGAAAAUGAACUAGCUAAUAUGCUAAAGGAAGAUGAACUACGAGAUGCAGUUAUUCUAGUUUUUGCAAACAAGCAGGACAUGCCUAAUGCAAUGACAGCAGCGGAAUUAACAAACGCCUUAAAUCUGAACAACAUGAGAAACCGACGUUGGUAUAUCCAAGCAACAUGUGCCACACAGGGGCAAGGACUCUACGAAGGCCUAGACUGGCUCUCGAAUGAACUUGCAAAGAAGUGAGACCUAACUGUUAAAUCCUGGGAAAGAACAUCCAAUUGUCCCAAAUGGCACAACAAACUUGCAUAUUGUGAAUGCUGUUCAGACUUAAUAAAACUGAGACCUUUUUUAAAUCUUAUUUAAAUGUAUCUUUAUUUAAAUUAAUUAUUGUGUAAGUGGCAGUUAUUUAUUAUAAACUCCUUAUAUACUUUGUCUGCAAAAUUAUAAACAAAUACCCACAGUUAGAAAUUUAAGUCCCAAUCAGCUGAAUACUACAUACUAAUUAAUUUAAUUUUGUUAAAGCCACUUCAACUAUUUAUUGACAAUUUAAUAGAAGGUAACUGUAUGGACAAAAUGUUAAAAUUUAUUGUGAAGAAAAAACCAAUAUUUAGCCAUAUAAAAGCAGUCUAGACUGAAACCAUGGUAUACAUUUAUAAUUAAUCAAUCUAUGAUGGUAAUACCUACUUGUUUUUAAUUUGAACUAAAAGCUAUUAAGGUUCCAAAUGCACUCUAGUUUUAAAGGUACAGUGAUCCUAAAACCAAGUACUAAAUUUCAGCAAUUUAUACCCAAGCAGUUUUUAUGUUUAUGUUAAAACGAUAAUUGUAUUUAAGCCUGCUUUUAGUCAAAACAUAUCCAAAUCCAGUAAAGUUCCUGUGAUUUCCGUUACUGGAAUCCAAAUGUUGUUCAAAUUAUUCCAGUAGCAAUCCAGCACCAAUCUGGUUAUUCAUUGGACUCAGUGACUUUAUGAUCUCCAAAUGACGUAAAAAACUAUAAGCCCCAAUAUUCAUAUUUUAUUAUUAGCAUGUUUUUAAAAACUUGUUUUGGUCUAUGUAAUAUCUUUGGGUACAAUUUUGAAAUUGAUUUGAAACCAACUUCUCAAUGAGCUACAUGAAAAAAGAAACAUGGUUUAUUUCAAUAAGUGUAUAAUUAUUUAAUUUGUCUAAUAUCUUAUUUUGUCUAUAAUAUUUCUAUUUCUUAUGAAGUGUUACUAUAAUUGUCAAAUGUGAAAAUUAAGUAUUAUGUAUAUUGGAAAAUAAUUAACUUGCUAAAAAAUAUAUUGCUGCCAUUCCAAAUUUAUUAAUGUGAUGUAUAAUUUAUUAAUUUAAAAAAGUAUCCCACUCUAUUAUUCUUGGCUAAUUUUAAUAUAAUGUAGUUAUGCGAAAACAAACCAACAUGCAAGUCAACAAUUUUGAGAUAAAGUGCUAGUCUACACUUUUUAAUAUAUUGCGUUUUUACCCUAAAAAUGUUUUUAGUCCUCGAGUCACGGUUCUCAUAACUUUUUACUAUAUUACAUCAUAAGAAUCUGCGUCCUUAAGUUGGUGGUAUCACAUGGACAUAAGAAAAGCUUCGCUUUCUCGUUUAUAAUACGCACUACAAAGAUUAAAUGGCUGCUGUACUCACCACCUAAAUAUGAGUAUAAAGUAUUUCAGGCAUCAGCAUCUUCAAGGCAUCGUACUCAUUCCAUAGGCUGCAUGAUCACUUUCCAUCAGGUGUGAUUGCAGCCGAGCGCUGGUCUAUGGAAAUGGGGUAGCCGAUAAUGCCGCUAGGGGUUAUUAGUUAUUACUUAUCCGGGGAUCAAUAAUAUUACAAAUGAUUAGAAUUACUUAAUAACGAAAGGAAUUUGUUUUCAUAAAAAUUACGCAGUGACAACCAUAACAUCAGCUGUGUAUACAGUUAGGGUCAAAUGGGAGUCAGAAAAUUUUAUGGCAAUAGAAGAAAGAUUAAGGUCCUAUGUUAUAUUAAAAGAAAAAUUACAAAUGUUCAUUCACAUCCACACAAAUAAAUGUGUAAAUUUGAUAUAAAAAUGUUUCGGGUACUUUUAUAAGAAGUAUUUGUUUUCAAUGUAGGUUUCAACCCACAAACAUUGUUAUUGAAAGAUAAUAAGUAUUGAACCGUUUUGGAGCUCAAUGGAUCAUGGUUGGAACGUUUUCGCAUAACUACGUCCAAUAUUGGCUUACAAUAAAAGUAGAAAUGUGUUUAAAAACCAAAUGUAUGCAUUUAUUUUCAUUUUCAUACACAUUUGUGUGAUGUGAAAAAGAAAAUGUUUAUUAUUAUCUUAGGGUUUGUUACUACAUGAUUUAUUAUGACGCAUUAUUAGUAAUAGUUAAUAAAAUUAAAAAAUAGUUAACGUUUA